GCGGGCGGCGGCGGCGGACCAGGCUCGGCUCGGAAGGCGGACAUGGACGGCGGGCGGGCGGCCCCGCGGAAGGCCUCCUCGCGGCUCCCCGUGCCGGGCUUGCGGCUGAAGCGGCCGGCCGUCGACGAGAACGAGCCCCCGAGGAGGGAGCACCCGAAACGGGCGCGCUACUCGCUGGGCACCGCCAAGAGAGGCGCCAUGUCGGUGGUCCUGCCCCAGCAGACCGAGGCCCCUGCGGCCAGUGCCCACCGUGGCUGGCGCGUGGCUGGUCAUCGCGGGUCUUCUCGAGCAGGAAGGGCCGUUGCAGCGGCUUCCGCAAAAGUGUUGAGCCGCCAGCAGGCACUGGCCACCACAGCCCCUAAACCAGCGCCCUCUGGCCCUGCUGCAGCAGGAGGUGAGAGGAAGCGGGCCCCGUGGGACCUGAAAGGGCAGGUGAACGAUCUCCGUGCCAAAGUGAGCGUUUUAAAGGAGAAGGUUCAGGGACUGGACAGCGAGAACAGGGCCUUGAAGCAGCAAGCGGAAGGCCUGGAGCAGGCGCUUCAGCAGACGACCGCUCGGAACGGGGAGCUGGGCACCCAGGCCGGCUCGCUGGCCUUAGAACUGCAAGUCUGGCGAGACCAGGCUAAAGAGUCUCUGCAGAGACUUUCUGAACUCCUGGCGAGAGAGCAGCAGCUGGAAGAGACAGUUGAGAGCCAGAGACAAGUGAUUGGGGAGCUGGAAGGGGUGAAGAAAGAGAUGGAGGAGGCCAACAGGGGCUUGGUUGCGCAGCUGGACACCACGGAGGCACAGCGGCGUCUGGCAGAGGAGGCUCUAGCCCAGCAAAGGUGGGAGAACGUGGAGUUACGGUCUCAAAUGGCGGAGCAAGAAAAAAGGGUGCACGAGUCAGAAAUGCAGCGCCGGUGCCUGCACAACAUGGUGCAAGAGCUGAAGGGCAACAUCCGUGUUUUUUGCCGUGUGCGCCCACUGUUGCCAUGUGAGAAGCAGGCUCAGAAGGGAACGGGGCACCUGCGUUUCCCUCCAGAUGACAACCAGACCCUGGUGCUUUGCAAGGCUGAAGAGUCCCAUGUUGGGCGCGAGCGUAAGGAUGACAUCACUUACGAGUUCAACUUUGACCGGGUUUUCCCGCCAUUGUCCUCCCAGGAAGACGUCUUUGAAGAGAUUGCCCUGCUUGUGCAGUCUGCCCUGGAUGGGUACCAUGUCUGCAUCUUUGCCUAUGGCCAGACAGGAAGCGGCAAGACCUACACCAUGGAGGGACCGGAGGAUCUGGCUCCCGGCACUGCUGGUAUGAUCCCCCGGGCAGUGCAGCAGAUCUUCCAAGCCUCCCGCCAGAUGGAGGCCAAAGGUUGGAAGUACCAGUUCACAGCCAACUUCCUGGAGAUCUACAACGAGUCACUGCGGGACCUGCUGGUGCUGCGGCCUGAGCGGAGCUGUGAGCUGGAGAUCAAGAGAGUGAACCCGAACACAGAGGAGCUACACGUCCCCAACUUGUGCUACAUCCCCGUUGCUUCGGAGGGGGAGGUGCUGAAACUGCUGCAGACAGCCAAAGCCAACCGCUCGGUCGCCAGAACCACUCUCAACGAGCACUCUUCACGGAGCCACAGCCUCUUCCAACUCCACAUUGAAGGCCAGAAUGCCAACCAGGAUGUGCGCACCUCCUCCGUGCUGAGCUUGGUGGACCUGGCUGGCAGCGAACGCCUUGACAAGUCCCUGUCAAAGGGGGAUCGGCUUAAGGAGACGCAAGCCAUCAACAGCAGCCUCUCCAACCUGGGCUUGGUCAUCAUGGCUCUCAGCAACAAGGAAACCCACGUGCCGUAUAGGAACAGCAAGCUCACGUACCUCCUUCAGAACUCCCUGGGUGGCAGCUCCAAGAUGCUGAUGUUUGUGAACAUCUCGCCCUUGGAGGAGAACUUUGCCGAGUCCCUCAACUCCCUCCGAUUUGCCAGGAAAGUGAACGAAUGUGUCAUUGGCACUGCACAAACCCACCGAAAGUGAGGGCCUCUGGAUAUCCCGUCCAAUGACAUGUAUUCACGCUGUGUGCUAGGCACUGGUUUCGUUUUCCUCUUUUUAAGUCUGAUUCCUUUUACUUUUUUAAAUGCGUAUAUUGAUUAU